CAUCUUGCCGCAUGUGAGCCUUGUCUGCUUUAUCCCAGUGUCGACCUUAACUCACUAAAUAGUGCUCUACUGGUUAUUGAUUUGGAUGCGAGCUGUCCCAAGCCCAACAGAUCCAUGACACAUGCGCCGCGCCUUCUAUUUCAUCGCCACCUUGAGAACGCAUGGUUUAGUAGAUAGCAUGGUAGUCGCACGCCUCACCAUCUAGCGACAAUCCCAUGGGAUACAAUCGUACACAUCACGCCCGUGUCGCAUGUCAUUCUUUGUACAACACCCGCAAGCAUCAUUGUUGCUACUCAUUUGCCGACUAUAUGCUAGAUAUUUUGCGCCCGUUCAGCGAGACUCGAGGUGCGAGUUUGGCGACUUCACAACCUAAUAGCGCAUAAAGGUAGAUCCUCAAUGUUGUCUCCGUCGCCAAAGUUGUCCCUUGAACGGGAUGAGAGCGGCCGAUCUCGCUUUCAAGGAUGCUCCAACAUUCGCGAGUUUGAAUUUCUCGGAAAGCUGGGUGAGGGCACAUUUGGAGAGGUAUACAAAGCUCGGUGCAAGCGACAGGGCUCUAUCUUUGCUUUGAAAAAAAUACUUAUGCACAAUGAGAAGGAUGGGUUUCCCAUCACUGCACUGCGGGAAAUCAAAUUACUCAAAAUGCUAUCACACCCAAACAUUCUACGGUUACAAGAAAUGGCAGUGGAGAAAAGCAAAGGCGAAGGACGGAAAAAACCGAGCAUGUACAUGGUGAUGCCUUACAUGGAACAUGAUCUGUCAGGUCUCCUUGAGAAUCCGAGUGUUAGCUUUACAGAGCCACAGAUCAAGUGCUACAUGCUCCAAUUACUAGAAGGGGUUCGAUAUCUACAUGAUAGUGGAAUUCUUCAUAGAGAUAUGAAAGCCGCGAAUCUUCUUAUUAGCAACAGAGGGAUCCUUCAAGUUGCUGAUUUCGGACUUGCACGUCUCUAUGAUGAACCACCCCCACAAGCUGGAAAGGGUGGUGGUGAAGCAAAGAGAGACUACACGCCAUUAGUAGUUACGAGGUGGUACCGACCGCCCGAGCUACUUCUACAGCUUCGCCGAUAUACAACAGCAAUUGACAUGUGGGGGAUAGGUUGUGUUUUUGGCGAGAUGUUCAAAGGCCGCCCGAUACUUGCUGGAAAUAGCGAUCUUAAUCAAGCACACCUGGUAUUCGGACUCGUUGGGUCUCCAACAGAAGAGACGAUGCCAGGGUGGAGUUCACUUCCUGGCUGUGAUGGCUUCAAGGAUUUUGGACAUAAACCUGGAAACCUAAGCCAGGUCUUCAGAGAGCAAGGUCCCUUGGUUGUCUCUCUUCUUAGCGAAUUUCUGAAACUCGACUGGCGGCGAAGAAUAACCGCCGUCGAUGCUUUAAAGCAUCCUUACUUCUCCAGUCCUCCACUGCCAGCUCGGCCUGGUGAAUUGCCACAUUAUGAAGAUUCACACGAAUUUGACCGUCGACAAUUUCGUCCGAAACCUCGACCUCCCAUUCCACCUGCAGGCGGGACAGGAGAGGGGAAUUGGUCAACAAACACUGGUUCUCGCUCUGGUAUGGAACAGGGAAAUCGUGCUCCCGGUGCAUCACGAGGAUCGUUUGUACCUAGAAGCAACGCCGCCAAUCUUCGUCACACUGCUGAUGACACAUUACCCCCGAAGCCUCCCCACACAUCACAGCAACCAUGGUCAUCAAAUCAAACUCGUAGGAAUGACACUCGCGCUGAGCGACGAAAAGACGGGCAUUACCCUCCAUGGUCGGCGAAUCGCAAUGACGGAAAGGUCGAUACAUAUGUUCCGAAGUAUGACGCUCACGACAAGUCAGACGCCUACCAUGAUACCCCCACAGACCCAGCGCGGUAUGGCAGCCGCAGAGAUCCCUACAACUCAAAUAAUCGACGACGCAGUCGCAGUCCGGUACUCAGGGACAAAGGGCGUGAAGAUUCUAAUUAUUACCUGUAUCGUCGGUAGUCAGUGAUUCAGGGACCCUUUUCUCCGUACGUCACCUAGGCACCUUUUAUAUCCAAUUCGCACUCUGGUAGAAAUCUUUUCCCAUAAUCCUAUCUAGUUUUGUUACGAAAUAGACCUCAAUCUCAACAAAUAUUUAUGAUUACU